AUGGCUGACUCGACGGCGGUCGCUUUGCAGCUUGUGGCGGCGAUGGCGGCCGUUCGACGCACCGGCAUUGUGCCGGUCGUUGGCCUGUUGACGGCGGACCAGGUGGCGGACCUCAAUGACAUCACGACGGCCGCCAACCAGGUCCUGGAGGGUGCGGCGGAGGCAGCGGCGUCAGCAGAGGUGGUGCAGAACUUUGCCCCGAUGGUGGCUGGAGGCGUCGGCGGUGGAUCGACGAUGCCAUCUGGGGCCCAGACGCCAGCAUCGACGGUGGGGGUGGCUCCUCCUGACUUGGCCUUUAGCUCGGCACCCACGACGCCAAAGAAGGCCCCCCCACCGGUGCCCGAGGAUGCGGAGGCGGCGACACCUACACGGCGUCCCGUUAUGAAGGCGCCUCCCCAAGUCCCAGCCACGACGUGGCGAGUGACGCCGUUGGAUCAGUUGCCGCGGAAGGCGGCGCCCACAUCGACGGCUACCUCGGGGACCUCGACGCCAGCACAUGUUCCGGUGAAGCCCAUGCCUCAACGACGUCCUCCGACCUCGCCCCGAGCCACGGCGGCGCCCUCGACGCCUGCAGCACCGAUGGCGCCCAUGCCCUCUGCGCCUCCGACGCCUGCUCAGACCACUGGGGGCGAGACGCCGGCGGACUACUUUGCUACUCCCGCGGCCCAGGCGCGUGCGGCGGCUCGGCUGGCAGCUGGGGCGGACCCAUUCGACGCCACACUGGCGAUGAGCGCUUCGGCGUCUGGUCUGGCCACCCCGGCGCAGUCUACUGCAGGACGACGCCCACCCAACAUGCAGGAGAUCCGGGCGGCGCUCAGUGUCCAGUCCGAGGCGAUGGCAGCGGUGGCCCCCUCGACGGCUUCCACGAGACCGACGUCACCCAAGGCGCAGGGGAAGGCACCACCAGAGGCACUCAUGCCCCCGACGACGCUCAUGGCACCGGAGCCGACGCCUGCGGCGGACCAUCAGCACAUCGACCCGGACCUGGGGAUCCCGGCGGUCACGACGGUGGUUGCCGACACCUUCCUGGACACCCCUCUGGAGCCGACGGCGUCGGCGCAGGAUUUCCUGGGCCCGGCGCCGCCACCGCGGCCCUUCUUCAACCUGUCCACGGCCUCGACGACGAGAUCUCCGACGCCUCCGUCACCGAGGGUGGACCCACCUGCGGCGGCUUCGGCCAGCGAGUUCUUGGGAGCGGCGUCGGCGGGAGUCCCCGCGCCAGGGCCUAUGACGACGGUGCCGGAGGAGGAUCGGCCAGAGCCCUGGGAGAUGCCCGCGACGCAGCGGCGCUCAGUUUUCCCCCCGGUCACGGCGGAGGGAACAGGGGGCAGGAACAUGAGGGCACCGAGCGCGGCGCGUCGGCGUGGCUCGGUGGGACCCUCGCCGGGCCAAAGGGCGCAAUGGCGCCGCGACGCUCGGUCGCAAGACGAGCGGCGCCAGUACGGCGCCUAUGACAGCCGACGUUGGGGUGGUACCGAGCCGUGGACGGCGGAGCAGGUGGACAUCCCGGCGGAGUACUACCCCUACAAGGUGUCCAUGGAACGGCGGGGAGCUUCGGCGCUCGACGAGGUUGUCCCCAGCUCCCUUCGCCACUUGGCCUGCGACGACCUGGCGGCGGUGCGCCAAAAGGAGCAGGCGGCGCAGUGGCCUGAGACGGCGCCGCGGGGGGCACAGACCGAGACCGAUUACUACUUCAUUCGGCGGUUGCCCCAGGGAGUUGCCGGCGCUCGAAUCACGGUGCAGCACUCCAAGGAAAAGCGGCGCUUGGUGGGGUGGUGUGCCCACCCGUGCCAGCAGCCCCGCGGCGAGGACAACCGCUGCGACGGGGAGGGCAGGUCGGCGCUAAGCCUUGCACCUCCCGACGAAGCGGAGAGGCUUCUUUUGGCACUUUGCCACGACGGCCCCGCUUCUAAGAUCUGCGGGUGUUCGACGGUUUGUCGACGCAUCGCACAUGUCACGGCGCUGGACGCCAUUACUCUUCCAAGCAGCCUGCCGACGCUCUUCGGCGCCAAAAAAAGUGGGAGAACCGACGUCGAGUGCUCGCAUGUUUGGUUGUGCUUUCCUCGACGUGCUGCCCUAAACUCCCCCCCCCGCAGCCGUUUUGCUCGAGACGACGACGCGACCACUGCAGACAUGGCUCAAGACGCGCCGGCGCCACAGCCGGGCACAUUCGCUGCCUUCCUGGCCGAGGUGGCCGCGGCCGGCGGCCAGGCGCAUAUGCAGGCCUUCGCCGAGCUCGGCGUCACCUCCCGGGCUCUUGUGGGACCGGCCGGCCCGGCACUGGCGGCGGCGGGGGUCCCCGAGCAGGUGAUCUUGGAAUUGGUGCGGCCGACGUUGACUGGGCCGGCGCCGUCGGCAUUGGUGCCUCGACGGGCCGACCUGCCCUACCGCAGGCCCGUGGCGAAGGCUUCCCUCCAGGCGUCCCUCCAGGCGGCGGCCCUGCAGAACAUCCAGCAGGCGGUGGACGCGCUCGAGGCCAAUGUGGUGGCGGCGUCCACCAGGCGGGCCCUGGACUCUAGGAUCAAGUUCUGGCUCAAGCUCGCGGCGACCAACGGCGUCGAACCGUGGCCUCUGACCCCCUGGAAACUGAAAGUCCUGGCGGCGUGCCUCCGGGAGGGGAGCUACCGCUCCGCCCAGCUCUACAUCGACGCGGUCCUGUGGCACCAGGAGCAUGUGCUGCAGACCGAGGUGCCAACGGGCAUGAGAAAGGAGGCUCGGCGCCUUGCCAAAGCGGCGGUGAGGGGCAUGCCCGGGACCAGGCUCAAGCAGGCCUUUGAUCUCGGCGUGCUGGCCGCGGUGGUCAGGUUCGGGCCGGCCGACGGCCCCUUGGAUUGCCGACGGCCCCACCAUGCCGUCGACGUGGUGAUCGUGGCUUCCUGGUUCAUGCUCCGGGAGUCGGAGAUGGCCGGCGCCCGGGUCCGAGACAUCACGCUCUCGGCCGCGGUGUUCGGCGGAGGGGUCUCGCUGGACCUCCCGCUCCACAAGACGGCGCAGGGGGGACAGAAGGAGCUGACGCGACGCUCGCUGAGGUGCGUCUGCACGGCGGCGAUCCACCCUCUGUGCCCUGCCUGCGCAGCCCGACGCCACCUGGCACGCCUCAACUUCGGCGCCGCCCGGGAACCGGAGUCGGCGCUAUUCCCGACUACGACCACGGAGCUCAGGACCAAGGCGGCGUCGGUGGAAAUGUUCGGCCUGGUCCUCGGCACGGCCGGCGUGGAGACGCAUCACACCACACCCGACGGCCGGUCCCUGCCGAUAUUCGGGGGGCACUCGGCGAGGGUGGCAGGCGCCACGUUCUUGGCGGCGAGAGGAGUCGCUGUGGCAGUCAUUCAGCUGCUGGGACGGUGGUCGAGCUCGGCGGUGGAACGCUACACCCAGGCGGCCCCACUGACAUAUGCGGCGGCGGCGGUCCCGGCACAGGCCCUGGCCACGACGCCGGUAGACCAGCCGACCGCGAAGGCGCAGCCAGCAGCCCCCCAGGCCCCGGCGAUCGCCGACGUGGACAGGGAGAGCAGCUGGGAGGUGGUCGCCCCCCCCCACCCUCAGUCGGAAGAGGACGGGCUGGCCGGCGUGGCCUUCGUGCCGGCGCCCCUCCGAGCCGAGGCCGUGGCCAAUGUCGUCGGCGAAGCCCCGACGGUCUACAUCAUGAACUCCCGCACCAAGGUGGUCCACCUCCCUGGUCCCGACGAGGCGGGCUUGGAGCGACACGAGUGGGCGGCGAGGUGCUUUCCGGUAGUGGCCCUCGACGCGGCCGAAGUGGUAGGCGGAGCGGUCAUACCGACGGUGGCCGCGGCGAUGGAGACCUUGGAGAACCUCCUCACCACGGCCGGCGCGGCUCCUCCGGUUCGGGCUUACCUGGCGGCGAAGGGCAUCGCUUCGACGCCGACCCUGGCCUUGAUUGCAGAAGACUCCGCGGCGUUCGUGGCCAAGGUGGUGCAGCCCUUCCUCUCCGGCGUCACCGUGGCCGGCGCGGAGCACAAGGCCGCGGCUGGCAGCGAGGACGUGGCGAAGGCGGUGAUGGUUCACUUGUUCACGGAGGCCCAACGCCAGUGGAGAGCGGCGACCUCGACACCCCCGACGCUGCCACCUGGGAUGCUACCGGCGCCGGCGGCGCCCCCUGCGCCGGCCCCGGCAGCCACAUCGCCCGACGACCGUCCACCCAAGCACUUUGCACAGUGGUCGGCGCAGGUCCAGGCGUACGAGGACAAGACCGUGGACGGCGUCAAGCGCGUCUUCCCGACCGAGAAGCUCCUCGGCGCGGAGGACGUGCUGGCGCGGCUCUGGCACGAGCACACCAAGACCAAGGAGUACAAGCCCUUGGGCCUCGGCGAGAUCGUGGCCAGGCGCACGUGGACGGCGGGCAUGGACCUUAACACCAUGGCGGCGGGGAGGUCUUCUUCCUCUUCCGGCGCCAAGGCCAUCAAGCUCGUCGACGGGAACCUGGUCACGGAGGACACCGACGAGUGGACGCCCAAGGGGAUCAUGCUCACCAUCGACGGGAUCGAGGCCUCCCGCUGGGCGUGGAUCAUCUGUGGCUUCGACGAGGAGCGACGGAUUGACCGGUUCGCGAACUGGUUCAUCGAGCGGGCCCGCUCGAAGCAGGCGUCCAUACCGGCGGUGCAGAGUUAUUGGGCAGACUCGAUGUGGAAACUCUGCGCCGAUAUGCGGCGGGGCCUCACAUUUGGCGAGGCGACGGACCGCAUCAUGAAGGACGCAGGCUCAUGGAAGGACCACGGCGGCCGCGGCGGAUACCAACAGAAGGAUUGGAACCAGUGGGGCGGCGCCAAACGACAGAACCAGUGGUCCGAGCAGGGCUCCGGCGGCUGGGGGAAACAGAGCCAGACGGAUGGCGCCGGCGACUGGAAGACGGGGUACCCGGCCCGGCGCCCAAACGGCCCCCUCAACGACGACGACCCCACCAAGGUGGCCGACGUGAUCGAGAGGGUCGACCCCUGGGGCCGCUGCCUCGUCAUCUUCUCGGCGGCGCCACCGUGCCAAGACUUCUCCCGCGUCACCGACGGGCCGGGACACAACGGCGACCGCGGCGGGCUGUUCCUUCAGACGGUGGAGUUCAUGUCCGAGGUCCGACGGCUGGUGGCACCGCGGCGCUUCGGCUUCAUCUUCGAGAACGUCGAGAUGGCGACCGCCGACGCCAAGAAGAUCACUGAAGCCCUGGGCGCGGCGCCGCUGUGGGCCGACGCGGCUGACUUUGGCUGGGUUGGGCGGCCACGCCUCUGGUGGCUCUCGACGGACUGGGCGCGGAUGACGCUGGACCGGGUGGAGGAAGCGCGACGGCCGGUGGAGGCACUGGACAUGGGGGACCUCACCUUCGACGACUCCGUCUUGUCGGGCCGUCGGCGCCUACCCUGCUUCACCACCCCGGCGCUCGAUGAGAACGGCAGGGCGGCGCCCAAAGGCUGCAGGGGCAAGAUCCCGUCCGACGCACAACAACGGUGGUCGGCGGAUCGGCGCCAGUUCGCACCUUGGCACUACGUGAAGGAGGCGAUGGUGGUGAGCUCCGACGGGAAGUUGCAGAUCCCGCCCCCACGGGUCAAGGAACAGCUGCACCACAUGCCGGCGGACUUCACGUGGGGGCCGGGCGAAGCUCCGCUCGACGACCGCACCCGCCACCGACUCAUUGGAAAUGGGUGGCACUGGGGCGUGGCGCGGCGCCUGCUGCUGAUACUGUUGGUGGCCACGGCGUUCCAGACCUCCGACGCCAGACCACAAGGCGAGCCACCCUGCUCGACGAUCUCAUGGGUCACCUCGUUGUGGCAGUUCGGCGGCCCGGUCAUGGGACCGGCGCCGGGGGAGGACACCCGGGACCCCAUGGUGGACCUCGACGAGGAGGCCCACUGGAGAGCCUCGGCGGUCAUACCGCAUCCCUUCCAAGCCCGACCGCGGCUGGAGCCGGCUUGGGAGGAGGCCCUGGACAUCCGACGACGAUGGCGCCACGACUUGGCCAGGAUCAGGCGCGAGGUGAUCCGGGAGGUCAGGGAUCUGAUCGACGACCUGGCCGAGCAGACGACGGAAUGGAUGUCCCAGCGCUCGGCGGCGGUCAAGGCCACCUACUCCACACCGGACAAGCCGGCGGUGACGCAGAUUCCUGUCCUGCUGGAGCUCCUCCGACGCCUCAACUACCCCGACCUCGGGAACCUCACCGACGACCUCACCCACGGCUUCAACAUGCUCGGCGCCCUUAACUCGGGCCCGGGCUGGAAAAAGCGGACCGACGACCGCUAUAAGCACCCGGCGUCCAUGGAGGAGCUACGGUCGGCGAGCACCGAGACAUUGCUGCAGGAGCUCAUCGACGAGGUCAAGUUGGGGCGCGUGGUUGGGCCCACCAGGGCACCGACGUGGCUGAAGGAGCUGGGCCAGUCGGCGAUGGAGGCGUUCGAGCAGCUGUUCGCGGCGCUGGGCUUCCGCAUCAAGGUCUCCAAGUCCCAGCCGGCGGCGGCCCAGCACAUCGUCCAAGGCGUCCUCUUCGAGAUCUCGCGGCGGGGGGUGUUUGCCCAGGUGGCGGCGCUAGCGGCCUUUGCCACGCACCUGCCCGGCGCCGUGACCGCGUUCAUCGACAACACGGCGGGCCAGGCGGCGCUGUCCAAAGGGUAUGGGAAAGACCCGGCGAUGAAUGGCAUGCUGGCUGCCUUUUGGGCCUUGGCGGCGAGGCAGGGGACGAUGGUCGACUUUCGACGGGUCCCGUCCAAGGCGAAUGUGGCCGAUGCUGUGUCCAGGGAUGAUUUUGGCAGGGCCCGACGGGAAGGUUGGACGAGGGUCCACAUCCCGGCGUCGCCCAUCAUGCACAUCCUUGCGAAGGCGGUCGACGACUUGCUCUACGCGGUGGAUGGGGCGGCGGCUGAUCUACUGGCGUGCUCUUCUGAGUGGUCUGGUGAGCCGGCGCUUGGUGGGGCUGUGUGCGCCGGGCGGUGCUGA